UAUCCACGUCCUAGCUGAAUCAAACGCUUGGUGAAUCCAUACUCGACUGGCUCGCUGUGAAUACAGGGCUUAGCCAAGGCGAUUGCUUAUUCUCGUUUUUUUACCACCCUCUGGAGAUGAAAUUAUUUCGUGGACCCGCCCAGUUAAACUGACAGAGGCACACUUACAACAGGCAGCUCGGAGGUUGUGUACAACUCUCGGGGAGCGGCGUUUCGGACAGUGGAUUUUUUCGUGUUUUGUUUUACUGAACGCUGGAUCCGUGGUCGCUGUGGGCAGACGGGAGCCACGAGCAGACGACUUCAGAAGCAGACGAUAUUUUCGGGAGGGACUUGAGCAGGCGCUUACACCAGAAUGACAACUUGUCCAAAGAUUUCGGAGUCGACUGUCCCCUCGACCAUCGUAACUAUAGACAACAUCAACGAGGUGAGGUUAUCGACCACCGACCGGACUGUGAAUACGAAGGUUACAAUUACCUGCCAUGAUGGUAGGAGCUUGGUCGGAGCCUCGGAACUCACCUGUCAGGCCGACGGCACGUGGAACAAUGCCAUCCCCAAGUGUCAAUUGACCUCGACCACGGCCAGCAACACAUCCACACUGACUCAGCAGGAGCUUAUCGUCAUCGGCGUGGUCGCCGCCAUCUGCAUCCUCGUCAUCAUCAUGGUCAUCGUCAUGCUGUGCGCCUGCUGGUACAAGAGACGCAGGGACAAGCAUGUGCACAAAAGGCCGGCCUCCGAGUACAGUUUGACUACAGGAGAGAUGGACAACUACAGACCAUACAGUAUGUACUCACCGUUCCCAAGCGGUUCACGGGGCAUCCGAGAAGGUUCCAUAGACCGUGGAGCCAGGUCCUCCCAUCGCCACUACAACGCCUCCCUCCCUCGCUCCAACAUACCAGAGUCAUUCCCCAGAACCAACCACCCUAACGCCUACGAACUGCAGACCCGGACUGCGGACUUCCGACCCAAGCCCUACACCAGCUACGCCGGGCCCCGCAUCGCUCGGGCAAGUUCGGAUACCUACGAGGACUAUAUGGCCGAACGGAACCAGUCGGGCCUUCGCCAACCAGUUCGAUCUGGCUACGAUAACGAAGGGUUCCGAGGGGAGUGGACUGACAGAUAUGAUAGGAAGUCGUUUUCGGAUUUCAACAGGAACGCAUACUCCCAAGGCCGGGAUCCAUUCCUUUGGGAUACAAGGUCUCCGUCUUCGGGGUUCUAGAUUUUACAGCCGCUUCAAGCAACUGUCUUCGUAAGAUGCAGUUUCCAAAUGCAAAUUGUCUACAGAAUUCCAAUUCCAAGGA